AUGGAACAAUGUUCGUUAGUCAAUGCAAUGCUCAAUCAUGGCAAUGAUUUAAGUGAUGUACAUAGUCUUGAUUCUAUUGAUAGUGGAGUUAUGGGAACAUCAGAAGUAUUUGAACAUGAUUUACAAUCAAUAACAACAGAAAAAUUACUAAAUGAACUACAACGUGUAAAAGAAGAUCUUAAAUCUAAAGAUGGUGAAAUUCGUCGAGCGAAUGAAAUGCGUGAAAAUACAAAUCGAGAAAUCGAAGAUUUAACAGCAUCAUUAUUCGAAUCGGCACAUUCAAUGGUUGAACAAGCAAAAUAUGCUCAAGCAAAUGCUGAACAAAAAUUAAAAGUUUCAAAUCAAACAAUUGAUGCACUUAUUCUUGAAAAUAGUCAAUUAAAAAAAUCUGUUAAUGAAUUGAAACAAAUUUUAAAUUCAUGUCGUUCAUCAUCUAAUAUGUCAACAACUAAUAAUAGUAUUGAUAAUAUUUUAUUUCGAGAAUUUAUAUGUUGGGAAGAAAAACCAUGUAUAGAACGAGAUUCAUCUUUAUUUAUAUAUCGCAUUUAUAAUGAAGAUAUUUUACCAUGUUUAACAUUUCCUAAUGCUGAUCUAUCGUCAAAAGUUUUAGCGGCUAUAGAAAGAAAUGAUGUGGUCAUGGAAGCAUGUCAUUCAAAAGGAAAUAUGAAAACUUGUUCAUUGAUGGGUGAAAUUUGUCAAUGUGAUUAUCGUGUUCGAUUAGGUGAAGAUAGUCAAUGGUGGCUAUUAUCACGUUUAGCACGUAAUCGGAUUGCAGCAGUUUGUGACUUUUUUACGUUUAUUCGUCAUGUGCAAUUAGGUCUUGUGAAAAAUGAUGCUCAAACUCGCUUUAAUAAAAUAAUUGAACUACGCAAACAAAUGGCAUUUGCACGUCUUGGAUUAUAA